CCUUUGCUCAAUGAAAUUUGAUUGAUAUUUUAAUUACCAUGCACAAACGGAGUCAAAGUUUGGUGCAUUGGCUUCUUUAUAAUACUCCAAAGUCGUGUGUUUUGUCACACUGCCAGAAAUCAACAAUAAUGAAGUUCCCAAGCUCUCCAUUUCAACUCGCCAUUCUCUCAAUCCUUUCAGUCGUCACAGUUUCAUGGGCAACUUCAGAUCCACUUGUCAAUAUUGAUGACUUUCUGCAAUGCCUUUCUAAACAAUCUCAGUCUACCAGCUCAAUCCAUGCAGCCAUUUACACCCCUCAAAACACCUCUUUUCAAUCUGUUCUGUCGGACCGUAUUAAAAACCGCAGAUUUUCUACAUCCACAACUCCAAAACCUUUGGCCAUUGUAGCAGCCAAGCACGAGUUCGAUGUUCAAGCAACUGUUCUAUGUGCAAAACAGCAAGGAUUGCAAAUCAGAAUCCGAAGUGGUGGCCAUGAUUACGAGGGUCUGUCGUACGUGUCUCAUGUACCCUUUAUCAUUCUUGACAUGUUUCAACUCCAAUCCGUUAAUGUUAAUGUUGCGGAGGAGACCGCUUGGGUUCAGUCCGGGGCUACCCUUGGCCAAAUUUAUUACAAAAUUGCUGAGAAAAGCAACGUUCUAGGGUUUCCUGCUGGGGUUGGUCCAACGGUUGGUGCUGGUGGUCACUUUGGUGGCGGCGGGUAUGGCCCUUUGAUGCGUAAAUAUGGCCUUAGCAUCGAUAAUAUUAUCGAUGCUAAGAUAGUUCUUGCAGAUGGUAGAGUCCUUGAUAGAAAAUCAAUGGGAGAAGAUCUUUUCUGGGCUAUUAGAGGAGGCGGUGGAGCUAGUUUCGGGGUCAUUCUUUCGUGGAAGCUCAAGUUGGUUUCGGUUCCAGCUAAAGUGACUGUGUUCAACGUCUCAAUAACCUUAGAGAAAGGGGCUACAGAUGUCGUUUAUAAGUGGCAAUACGUAGCACCCCAGCUGCCUAAAGACCUCUUCAUCAGAGUAAGGCCACUACAAGUGAACAGCACCGGGGGAAAGAAGACUGUGAAAGUAUCAUUCAUUGGUCUUUUUUUGGGACGUACUAACAAGCUUCUUCCGUUGGUAAAGGAGCGCUUGCCCGAAUUAGGUUUGCAACGAAGAGAUUGUUUCGAAAUGAGCUGGAUUGAAAACAAAGUGUUCUUUGCUGAUUACCCAUUUGGAACUCCGAUAACUGUUCUUCUCAACAGGACAAAUGGACAACCAAGCUUCUUCAAAGCCAGGUCUGACUAUGUGAAGAAACCGAUUCCGAAACGAGUUAUAGAAUCCUUAUGGAAGGAGAUGAUUAAGAUAGACAAUUUUUGGAUGGACUGGAACCCGUACGGUGGAAGAAUGGGCGAGAUUUCUGAGUCGGCUACUCCGUCCCCUCACAGAGCUGGAAAUCUAUUUUUGAUUCAAUACUAUGCGGUAUGGGUAGAGGAAGGUGUUAAGGCAGCCAGCAAGUACCUUCAAUUGUCAAGAAAGUUUUUUGACCUGAUGACUCCAUAUGUCUCCAAGAACCCAAGAGAGGCCUUCCAAAACUACCGGGAUCUAGAAAUUGGGGCUAAUCUGGAUAAUCAGACUAACUUUCGGAUUGCGAAGACUUAUGGAAGCAAGUAUUUUAAAGGUAAUUUUGAUAGACUGGUACGUGUGAAAACCAUGGUUGAUCCUCAUAAUUUUUUCAAGCAUGAACAAAGUAUCCCACCGAUUUAGCUACGAGACAGAACAGAAGGUUUGACAAUGAAUUACAUGCAGUAUGGUAUGUCACGUCGUGCUCGAUAAUUACAUUGAUGUUUGUAAUAUUAUUGAUUCGAUGUAUUGUAAAGGAAGCCCCUGGUGUACAAUUAGCUGGGGGUGGAUUUGCUUAAUUUACCUAAAUUCUGUAGCCUAUUGGGGCAUGGUCUACUUU